AUGGAUCUCAUGGCGUACGGCGCCCUGCUCGUCCAGCUCAACACCCUCGGCAUGAUUGAUGUCACGCGCGCCAGACAACUGAGACAAGCAUCCACGGGUGACCCAUCGGCGUCCGCGGCCACGCAACUGUUCGACGGAAUGCCUCGUAGGAAGAAGCGCCAGAGUGCACCACCGGUGAGCGUCGCCGACCGCAUCGGCACCCUCCCCGAUAGUCUCCUCCACCACGUGCUCUCCUUCCUCCCAGUGCAGGCCGUCGUGCGGACUUGCGUGCUCGCCCGGCGGUGGCGCCAUCUUUGGAGGUCAACCACAAGCCUGCGCAUCGUCGGCCUUGACGAUAAUUACUAUGUUGAUGUCGAAGAACUCCGGAAGUUCGUGGACCAUUUUCUGAUACUGCGUGAGCGCACCGACCUAGACCUUGUCGAGAUCAAAUUCAAUGAAUUCUGUGAAGAAGACCAACCCUAUGUGAAAACAUGGGUCCGUUUCGCCUUGAUGUGCAAAGUCCGCAGGCUCACCUUUCAUGUUCGUGGAUCUCAAUAUCUCUACCUAGACCUGCCUCUUGUCUCUCGGCAUCUGAGAACAUUAGACCUUGAUGGUGUAGGCCUACCACUACCAGAGACCUUUCUUGAUUUUGGUAGCUGCCCAGUAUUGGAGGAUCUGAAGAUAAGUCAUUGCAUUAUAAAUGCUUGUAGGAUAUUGUCCCAUUCCCUAAAGCAUUUGAGCAUCUAUUGCUGCCACAACGAAUUCAAUUGCCGGAUCCAUGUUUCUACUCCGUGCCUUGUCUCUCUGAAACUUGAUCAUUUUACUGGUAGAACACCGUUACUUGAAAACAUGGCGUUGCUAGAGAGUGCAGAUGUGUAUCUUAGUGAUUACUGCAAAGAUGUCUGUCUGAAUUAUGACUCUGGUGUUCUCUGUGGAUCUAAUAAUAAUGCAUGUCAGAAUUGUGUUCCUAUUGAAGACGAUUGCAGCAGAGAAUGUGUUCUUCUGGGUGGUAUCUCAAAUGCUAAAUACCUGAAGUUGCUACCUGGGAGUAAAACGUUCGUUUUCACAAGAGAUUUGAAACACUGCCCCACAUUUAUCAAGUUAAAGACUUUAUUGCUCAACGAGUACUGGUGCGAGGCUCCUGAUUUGGAUCCACUAGCUUGCAUUCUGAAAAACUCACCAGUUCUAGAGAAGCUCACGCUUCAACUUUUUUCCGAGGGACCAAAUCAUAAAGUGGAAAUUAAAGGACGCUACAGUUCAAUGGAGCGACCGUCUGCAAUAUCUGAGCACCUUAACAUAGUUGAAGUCAAGUGCAGUGUGGUCGACGAGAGAAUUCUCAAAGUUUUGAAGUUCCUGUCUGCACUUAACAUCUGCUUCAUUUUCUGAGUAAGUGUGACAAGAUCUGGGCUGCCUGUG